AUGCAAUUCUUCACCGUCGUCACUGCUAUCGCCACACUCUGUCUUGCCGCUGCCGUGACACAAGCAUUUCCCAACAAUGAGCAACUACUGGUGAAGCGAGGAAGCCCCGAAGGCGAGAAAAAAGGUGGUUCUCCGGCAGGUCCAGUCAACUUCAACAUUAACGCUGCUCAGCCAGCAAGGCAAUUCUUAAACAGCUUCGGGCCACCAGCAGAUGAUGACUAA